AUGGCUCCUAACGACAAAAACGAGAAAACCCCAGGAAGUAUUGUUGAUACUGCAAUCGACAGUGCCAAGGGAGGAAUGGACACUGCACGCGCAAAGAUCCACGAAGCCACCAAGACUGAGGAACAGAAGGAAGCCGAGAAAAGCAUCACGGACAAGGUUGGCGAGGCACUACCUGACUCGGCAGAAGAAGCCGGAUCAAAACUUGGCAGUGCGAUCGAUUCGGGUGUGCAACAAGCGAAGGAUGCCUUUGAUAUUGAGAAGAAGUAG